UACAAAGGACAAAACGUUUCAGGAGUUGUACCUGAAAAAGGUGUAAUUAUUUUUAAUAUAUUAAAAAGCAAUAGAACCUUAGCAUAUGCAAGUUCUCAUUGUUUUUGUCUGAACAAAAUAAAAACAUAAUUCAUAACAAAGCAUCAAACUGAGAUUAUACAGCCUGCUCCAGUCUAAGUCCUUCAGCUUCAGCCUCCUAAGUGUCUGAUGAUCCAUGUGUUUAGUUCCGCCUUUUGAAUCUCCCUCUUCAAGAUGUUCGUGGUGCAUUAGGACAAACGCAUUUCCCGUAAACUCCGCCCGUUUACUGUAACUGUAAUAGAAAAGAAAAGGCGGACAUGGGAGACACGGGUUUAUGGAAAUAAAGCAAUGAAGGUAUAACAGUGUUUGAACGAUUCUGAAAACUUGCAUUAACUGAAGUGAGAGAUAACAUAAAGAGCUCAAAAUGGAUGCCAAUCUGACAGACGCCAAAUCUCCAAUCACCACAGAAAGUGAGAGAGACAUCACAGCGGCUCUCUUGCCUUCAGGGAGUUCUCGCAGCCGACCCCACAGUGAAAUGAUUUCCGUUACAGAAACCAGCUGCCAACCUAAGCCAGACCUUUGCGUGGAGCGAAGAUCUAGUGAUUAUGAACACCACUGUUCUGGGUCAGUGCUGUUGAGUUACCCUGCCAAAGUGUGGGACCGGGGAAACAAGGGUCACCUCUUUGAGGCCGAGCUGAAGCCUGAGUCCCGUGCAGGGAUUCAGAUUGCCACAGUUCAUUUUCCUUUGAAAUCAGAAGACCUAGAUCAGGAAGAGAAGGAUGAGCAGUUUUCCCCCUUCUUGGGAAAAGAAGUGAUUUCAGCUUUCCAAGAUGUGACUUCAGGCCCUCAAAUCAACAUCAGAGAUGUCAGGGAAGACCCUGUAGAUUUCAGCAGUUCACCUGAUGUUCAUUAUGAGAAUAAAAGAGUUGAUGUAGAAAAGAAGGAACAAAAUAAUAACAAUGACAGCUCAUCUGCAUGUGAGGAAGCAGACGUAGCUGAACAUGUUCAGGAAACGCUUCUGACACUAAAAGAAACUCCACCAGAUGAGAGACAAGAUGUGGAUACUCUAGCUACUAGCACACCUGCCAGAGAUUUAAGUGAUGGAAAUUCAAGGGAAGGUUCAUUACCUCUUCCAGGCUCUGACUUGGAACCAGAAAUCACAACACUGGAAGAUUUGUCCAUUAAAUCAGAAUCAUGUCCACAUGGGAAUAUAUCACCAUUCUAUACUGAAGAUUUAAGGGAUGAACUCCAACCUCAAAAAAUGAGACAAGAGACUGACAAAGAAGACUUUGCUGAAGAGAUGGAGGAGAGUAUAAGAGAUGUAUCAAGGUCUGAGAAUGACAAAAGUACAGCUAAAGAACAUGGUCCAUCCUUGGUUCAAGGCCUUGAAGAAACAAAUGUCAACUCAAAACGAGGAUGUAAAGUGGAGUUUGCCUCUCAGACCUUCAUAAAGCCAUCAGUUGAAGAGGAGAAAGGGAGAAUCACUCACAGGUUUUUGGAUGAGCUAAGGGAAUUGUACCUUAGUACAUAUUCAAAAGGUCAGCUGUGCUUCUUCCUUCUGGAUUCUGGACUUGUUCUUUCUACAGCCCAAGCUGAGAAAAUCUACAAAAAAAACGUGGUCACCAUGGGAGAUGGUGUGAAAAUAGCUCUAACUCCUACCAUGUGCAGUGACUACCGUUACCAGCUGGACAUCAACUUCAGCAUCACUGAAAAACUGAACGAUUUCUGGUACAGAGGAAUUGACCUGGGGACCAUGGGGAAGUUCCUCAUUAAAAGGGUUUCCGUGGUUUCUGACUGGAGAAAAGCUUUGCAUAACUUCCUCUUUCUCCCACCCAGCUCUUUCAUGUUGCUUCCAUAUGCUGUUAUUAAUGACAGGAAUGGAUUUAUUUACUACUUAAUGCAGGACAAAGAAAUUGAAGACUUUGAGAUGCACCUUAAAGAAAUCUUCUUGAAAAGAAAAGGGGUCUUUGAAGUCUGGCUGCAGUUUCUGACAUUUUGUAAGAGAAACCAACUUCAGCCCCACAACUUCAGAACCUGCAUGCUCGCCACACCACAAGGAGCAUUCUUUGACCCCACAAUGCUCGGAAAUAUGGAAGACCUGUGCUCCUUCAAAAAGAAGCUGGUAACAGUCAUUGCAGAAGAACCCUGGGAGGAUCCUAUGCUGGAAGAGAGGGUGGCCAGUGUGGUAUGGGAGACUGUAGAAGAGAGUGAGGAGGCUGGAGAAGGGUAGAAGGACUUAAGCAGUGCAUACAAACAGUUUAUAUGUCCAGUAACAAUGCCAUACAUAAAGGGAAAACUUUAAGCUGAAAUAAAACAAUCAUCGUAACUGUGUA